AUGCGUGAAAUUGUGAAUAUCUCUAUUGGACAAUGUGGUAAUCAGAUUGCAGGAAAAUUUUGGGAAGUUGUUGCUGAUGAGCAUGGCCUUUCUCCACUUGGUGUCUAUGGUGGCGAUUCCGAUUUGCAACUUGAACGAAUCAAUGUCUACUUUAACGAAGCAACAGGUGGUAAAUACGUUCCACGAGCAAUUUUAUGUGAUCUCGAAGUAGGUACAAUCGAUAGUAUACGUGCUUCACCCUAUGGUCAAAUGUUUCGACCAGAUAAUUUUAUAUUUGGUUCAUCUGGGGCAGGCAAUAACUGGGCUAAAGGUCUAUCAAUUAUCACACCAAUGAAAUCUGAUAAUAAGUAUUUAUUUUUCUUAGGUUAUUAUGGUGAAGGAGCUGAAAUAAUUGAUUAUAUAUUAGAUACUGUUCGUCGAGAAGUAGAAAAUACGGAUUGUCUACAAGGCUUUCAAAUAAUGCAAAGUAUUGGUGGUGGAUCAGGUUCUGGACUUGGUUCACUUGUAUUAAAUCGUCUACGUGAGGAAUAUCCUGAUCGAAUGAUGGUUGGUUAUAGUGUUUUUCCAUCACCUCAAGUAUCUGAAUCUAUUGUUGAACCAUAUAAUGCUAUGCUUGCUGUUCAACAUCAUAUUGAUUCAACUGAUAUGCUUAUAUGUUUUGAUAAUGAAGCUCUUUAUGAUAUUUGUACUCGAUCACUUAAAAUUUCUUUUCCUACAAUGACUGAUCUCAAUCAUCUUAUUGCUAUAACUAUGUCAGGUCUUACAACGUGUCUUCGUUUUCCUGGUCAAUUAAAUGCUGAUUUAAGAAAAUUAGCUGUUAAUAUGGUUCCAUUUCCACGUUUACAUUUUUUUAUGCCAUCUUUUGCUCCAUUAAUAUCACGAAGUGGUCAAACAUAUCGAGCAAUGUCUGUACUUGAAUUAGUUCAUCAAGUAUUUAAUCCUCGGAAUUUAAUGUGUGCUGUUGAUCCAAGACAAGGGCGAUAUCUUACUGUUGCACUUGUUUUUCGUGGUCGUUUAUCAAUGCGUGAAAUCGAUGAACAAAUGUUACACGUACAAAAUCGUAAUGCACAAUAUUUUAUUGAAUGGAUACCAAAUAAUGUUAAAACAGCUGUAUGUGAUAUUCCACCAAAAGGAUGUCGAAUGUCUUGUACUUUUCUUGCAAAUAAUACGGCUAUUGAACAAUUGUUUAAAAAAAUUUGUCAACAAUUUUGUGCUAUGUAUAAACGAAAAGCAUUUAUACAUUGGUAUACAGCUGAAGGAAUGGAUGAAAUCGAAUUUACUGAUGCUGAAGCUAGUUUAAAUGACAUUAUUAGUGAAUAUCAACAAAUUAGUAAUUAUGAACCUGUAGAUCAAAUGGUUGAUUCUUUGUCCAAAUAA